CAAUAUGGCGGAAGGCUACGGCGGAAAAUGAGGAGGACGAGAUUAGAUCAGUGGAGUUGAGUGGAUUUGGGGGAAAUUUUUGCGUUCUUUUAGCCAUUUUAAACCUGGACACUAAGUUAUCGUUUGUUCGCCUUUGGAGUGCGUAUAUUAAAACGAGCCGUGUGAUAUUAGCAGCUGUUCGAAGCGGAAGUUGAAAGUUAGCUAACUAGCCUGCUGUCCGUCCACCGAACUUGUGCGGCAGUUGGUAAUAAAAACACCAGCGCGGUUCUGUCCAGUGCAGCGGCUGGGACGGUUUAUCGCACUUCAGCACUGUUAGUCGUGUGAGGGGUUGUGUUAUUGAGUGAAGCAGUGCUGAAGAGAGUUAUUAUGGCUGUUGGAGCGGUCGAGGUGUAAUUUCUCCAUCGAGCUUAGCUCGGCUGCUAACAGAGCGAGUCGCACAGCAGCGGAGUCACCGCCUGCGUUUAUUCUCUGCCAGAAAUCUUUCACUAGUUUUUGCUCCUCACUGCAAUAUUUCCUUGAGUUGCCGUCAUAAUAGCAGCAACAACAAACCUGGCCGUUUAGCUAAGCUAGCUAGCCAUCCUUUAACCAGACGCCAAGUUAAACCAAGGACGGGUUUAGUUUUAUAAUCUUGGCCAUUGUUGGACUGUUUAAUUUGGCUUUUUGUGUUAUGGUUCACCCAGCAAGCUGAUCGAACCCCAGGGCUGGUUGCAGCGUCCGCUUGGAGUUUUUAAUUUUUACUUUUGUUUUUGGCCGAGAGACUUUGUCUGAAAGAGAAGCCAUGGCUCAUCACUCUCCUGUCCAGAGAGGGCUUCCAGGCAUACAGAAUAUUAAAACCGACCCAGAAGAGCUGUUCACCAAGCUGGAGAAGAUCGGGAAAGGCUCGUUUGGAGAGGUGUUUAAAGGGAUAGACAAUCGUACGCAGAAGGUCGUGGCCAUUAAGAUCAUUGAUCUGGAGGAAGCAGAAGAUGAGAUCGAGGACAUUCAGCAGGAGAUCACAGUGCUGAGCCAAUGUGACAGUCCCUUCGUCACAAAGUAUUAUGGGUCAUAUCUGAAGGGCACAAAGUUAUGGAUAAUAAUGGAGUAUUUAGGAGGAGGAUCAGCAUUAGAUUUGCUGGAGCCAGGGCCACUGGACGAGUCCCAGAUUGCUACUAUACUGAGAGAAAUUCUCAAGGGGCUUGAGUACUUGCAUUCAGAAAAGAAAAUUCACAGAGACAUUAAAGCUGCUAAUGUGCUGCUGUCAGAGCAGGGUGAUGUGAAGCUGGCUGACUUUGGCGUGGCAGGCCAGCUUACAGACACUCAGAUCAAGAGGAACACGUUUGUGGGCACUCCAUUCUGGAUGGCACCCGAGGUCAUAAAACAGUCCGCCUACGAUUCAAAGGCAGAUAUCUGGUCGUUGGGUAUAACUGCGAUAGAGUUGGCCAAGGGAGAGCCGCCCCACUCUGAACUCCACCCCAUGAAGGUUUUAUUCCUCAUCCCAAAGAACAACCCGCCAACUCUGGAGGGAAGCUACAGCAAACCACUGAAAGAGUUUGUAGAAGCCUGUCUCAACAAGGAGCCAAGCUUUAGACCUACAGCCAAAGAGCUGCUGAAACAUAAGCUUAUUGUACGUUACGCUAAAAAGACCUCGUACCUCACGGAGCUCAUUGACCGGUACAAGAGGUGGAAGUCUGAGCAGAGUCGAGAUGAUUCCAGCUCUGACGAGUCUGACUCGGAACAGGAUGAACAGUCCCCAGGUGGGAGCGACUCGGGAAACGAUGAUUGGAUUUUUACCAUCAGAGAAAAAGACCCCAAAAAAAUCCAAAAUGGAAUUAUGCAGGAGUCGGAGCUGGACCGCAGCGAGGUGAAGGUACAGAGCAGUGCGCAAAGGCCUUUGUCCCAGAGCUUGUCGACUAUUAUAUCGCCACUGUUUGCAGAACUGAAGCAAAAGGGUGAGGCGAGUAAUGGAAAGCCAGAGGCAGUAGAGGAGCUCAGGGAGGCCAUAUUCCUGGCAGAAGAGGCAUGCCCAGGCAUCUCAGACUCCCUGGUCACAGAGCUGGUACAGAGACUGCAGAGGUUUGCAGUUCCCCGGGCCUCAUCUCACUGACUGCUUGCUGUGGAUUCUCCUCUCUCUGCCUCCUAGUGCAGCGCCUCUCACUCACUCCGCCUAUACCUGGCACUUUUUUUUUUCCUUUUUUUUUUUUUUUUUAAAUGCAUAUCAGGUGAAUGAGUAGUGUUGUGGAGGCCUGGCUGGGCUUCGGCUCAGAGUCCCACACCCCUUCUGAGAGCAGUGCACCUUAUUUAGCACACAUUGGGGCACAGCAGCAGGUGGUUGCACCAGCUGUGCGCAGGUUCUUUCCAAACUGCAUGCGUAAAGCAAUUUGUGUCUGAACGACACAGUUUUAUUCUUUAACUGUCUAGCAAGUGCAGAUUCAGUUGCAACUUGAAAACUAAAUCAUGUCAUUUACACAGAUUCGUUAAUCACCCUCUAGCCAAAAGAGAUGGCUAGUUAACAUUUCAGUAGGGAAAGUCAUUCAGUUUGGUUAGAAAUGCAAGGAGCGGUCGUGUUAUGGUAGGUGUACAUGAGUAUUUUUAUUAUCAUUUUUAUUUCUGUGUUUAUGUUCAGUAGUUAUCAGCUGGCCAGUUUUAGGUAAUACCCUGUUUUACACUUGUCCCUUCGCUCGUGUAAGUCUUGCACUAUGGUGCAUUUAAUACAAGCUCUGUAAAGUAGGCAGUCAGUUUCGUUAGAACUUGGUUGGAUAGUUGGUGCAAACCAGUCAUUGAAUGUGCAGUAUGAGAGAGACCCAGUGCUGUCGGGUCCCAGCAGUGAAGUUGUGAUGAUCCUUCUCCCCCUCCCCCCCCUUUCUUUUUUCUUUUCUUUUAACUCUGGUAUUCUGUUCUCAGUAACUGGAGUCUUCUGAGAGACAGACUGAGUGUGUUCAGCUGUGUGUGUGUGUGUAUAUAGACUUAGAAACGUCAUGGAGGUACGCUAAUGAAAACACUGUGUUAAAAAUGGCCAACUGCUCCUGUAGAUACUGUUCAUGAAGGUAUAUAUGUAAACUGGCCAUCACUGAGAUUGCCUUGUCUUUUAGUUGGCUUUUUUUUUUAAAUCGUUUAAUGAAAUUUUUUUUCAUGUUUCAUUGAAAUGAACGCUGCCAUUGGACCCAUUAUCGCGUAUUUUUGUUGUUCUUUACUUUCACAGUGCCAUUGAUGCUCUCCUUUUGGUUUCCGCCUACCAUCAGUUCUCGAGUCCAACACUUAGACAAUAUAUUUAUAAAAGUUCCAAGCCCAUUUCUUUCUAGUCAUUUCAGUCAUGGAAAAAUAAUGCUGUAUGAUAUAUAUAUAUAUUUUUUCUUCUUUAAAAGCUCCAGACUAUUUCACCAAACUCAAGUUCUUUUGAUUUGCUGUAAACUUGUCGUAUGCCGCUAAAUCCUCAUGUCUUCCUGGAAAUUGAAAUGGUACGCAGCGUACCGACAGCUUGAAUUGCACUUAGAUAACUGCCUUCUUAUGAUACAUGAAUUAGCCAUAAGACAUAAGCAUGAGACUUGUACAGUGCAUUUCACCUUCAUACAUAUAGGACUGCUGAUGUGAUCACUAUCAUUUGAAGUCUAGCGUGUUAAUGCACAGCUCACUUUGGUGCAUUUUAAAUCCGUUCAUUGCUCACGUGCAUUUAGUGUCCAUAGUGAAAAGCUAGCAUCAACGAACGUGUCGUGGUAGAACUGUGCUUGAGCUAACACUCAAUCUUGUUUUCACUUGUAACUGGCCAAUGAUGCAUUUAUCCACAAGUUUUUAAAAUAUUAAUCCUGUCAAGCUUUUAUUAAAGCUGUAGCUUAAAAAUAGCAUGGGAAUCUGAGUCUAAGGCAAUUCUAGAUGAAGCUCUUUAAUAAUUUUUGGGGACAUGGAUGCUAUCACAAGCAUGAUGCAUGUGUGUGAAAUCCAGCUGUUCAAAUUCAUUUUAAAAGGCUUUAUGCUAACAUUAACUAAAAUUUGAAUUUUGGCACAUGCACACUUUGUGUUAUAAAUAGUUUGGGAAAUGUAAAGCUGUUCUUCAGGAGUGGAAAUUCUAAUGAGUUUCUUCUACUCAGCUGUAAUGUCUGAGCAAGUUGGACACUGGGAUUUCGAAAGAGAUGGAGAAUAAGACAAUGAUCCUGACCAUGAAACCACUAAAACGAAGUUCAGAGUGGUACCACAAGGAGUGAUGUUUGUUUCAUGUAGUCAAGUGAAAAGUAACUUUUUUGCUUCGUUAUUGUCUGUUAUAAUAAAAUUAUAACACACUUGUAAUACCGCCAUAAAAGACUACCGAUGUAGAGUUGAUCUUAAACUCAAGAUCUCAAGAGUAGUUUGGAAUUAUACAUUUAAAAAUAAAGAUGUCUUUAUUUAAAAAAAAAAAAUUAAUGAUGAGGCUGUUAACAUGUUCGAAGAAAAUUUACUCAAAGACUAAAAGAACUGAAUUUUCUGCAAGUGAAGCUGUUCAAAUCAUUGCUGGUUUAAUGCUUUGUCGUUCUGUCUCUCAAACUCAUAAUGGCAUAGAUUUUAAGAGGUAGAAAUCUGCACUCCCAUUCAAACUCUGUCCUGUUGAUCUGCCUGUCUGUUUCCCACAAAGUGCUUCCCCUUUUUUUUUUUUGCCCUUUUAGAGAGAUUUCCUGCUAUUGAUAUUUGCACCUUUUCCACUUAGUCUGAAUGUGUCCCUGUGUAUAAGCUGUAAUUUUAAUGAGAUCAUGGUUUGUCUCGUUUAUCUUUGCAACUGAACUUUCUUGAGUAUGGCAAUAAAUUAGGCUGUGAGGUUUCUCAGUACAGAUAUAUUCUAUGGAACAGAAUUCAAUAUUUUUAUAAGUGCAGUAUUAUCUCUCGAAUGAAUUACACCAUAUGCUAUCUAACUGAUUUUCAAACAAUGUAAUUUUCUGUAACAUUGCUGAGUGUAUAGUCUUGUACAUAAUUCCUGCUUUUGUCAUCAAAUACCAAGGUACUGAAUUCCUUGCAAGCUUUCAAGUGAUUUUAAGAUGAAUAAAACAAUGCUAGUUUGA